GUGGCGCCAUUAAGUCUCCUGCCUCUUCAACACCAGGUGCUCCUAAAUUGGCUCCAACCAAAGUCAAGAGCACGUUAUCAUACUCAUACCUUUUUAAGUCAAGCCUUUGUUAUAAUUACAGUUUAAAACGUGUGAUAUUUGACCAAGAGUUCCUGGCAUGAUUUUUCUUUCGCUGUGUGUGUUUUUGCCGCUGUUAUGCUCCACUGAGGGGGGAACUCUGCAGAGGUUUGAGGCUUUCAAUCAAACAACCUGGGUGAUGAGGAAGGUUUCCCGGAGAGAAAGCCAGACUCUGCCGCCGCCGUACCUGCACCUCCCGGUGUUUGUGGGCUCCAGGCUGCCGCUUGUGGAGAAGGAGCAUUUCUCUCCGACCAGAGGCACCGGGCAGGAGCGCUUACCUGUGCCCGUCGUGAAGGUCCUGCUGCCGACGGUGCGGCCUAACACCAGUCCACCCAGCGCUUCGGGUGUUUCCGUGAAGACUUCGUGCAAGAUUAACAAAAUGCAUGUGCAGGUGCCGAGGAGCAUUUUGGGCACCGGUGAACCAGACUCUCAGCUCAAACUGGGGACAUGCCAAGCCAGUAAAUCUACAACGGAUUAUAUUUAUUUUGAAUAUGACUUUGGUUUGUGUGGAACCAAACAAACGAUAAUUAAUAACCGGGUGGCCUAUUCAAACACAUUACAAUACAACCUACCGAGGCUCCAAGGACCAAUUAGGCGAGCUGUGCCCUUCACCCUGCCUGUUGCAUGCUAUUAUAACAGGUAUCAAUAUUCCUACAAAAUCGGCUACACACCAAAGAUGCGGAUGCGCAAGAUCUUCAAACCAAUGAAGAACAGAGUAAAAUUCAUUCUGACUCCACGAAAUGCUCAGUGGGAAAGGCUUUCUCCAUCAGAUCAGUACGUGCUUGGAAAGCCCAUGUACUUUGAGGCUGAGGCUCCAUCCAUGUCCCAAAACGAAAGACUGUACGUGCACUCAUGUUAUGCGACUCCCAAGAAGUCCCACACCUCCACGCCACAGUUUCCAAUUGUGAAAAACUUUGGGUGUAUGGUUGAAAGCAAGGAAAGUCAUUCCAGAUUCAUCCCAUACAAAAACAAUGCUGUGAGAUUCUCUGUGGAUGCUUUCUUGUUCAAGGGAAUGACAGGCCAGCAGCUCUACAUGCACUGCACCAUGUCUGCUGGCAGUUCUGUCCCCACUCCUACAGCCAAGUCCUGCAACUACGACACAAAAGCAGGAAGAUGGGUUGAGUUGUAUGGAUCAGAGUCGGUGUGUGUCUGCUGCGAUUCCAGUUGUAGCUCUGCUGCCUCCACUGUAACCAAAAUAAUCAGCAGCCGACCAUGGACAAUAGAGCCUAAAGUGAAACCCACCACAACCCCAAAGAGGAAGACGGUCUCCACCACAACAAUAACAACAACAACAAAAACAACACUGCUGAAAACAACCAGACGGGUGACCGAACAGAUGACGACUUCACACCCUGAAGCAACAGCGGCGACAAUGUUGGGUAAGGUGGAGGAUUCCGUGAGGGAGUUGGAGUGGCCAUUCGGAGGUGGAGGAGUGAAGUGGGUCGAGGUGGAAGGUGAGGAGAGGCGGGUGAAAGGCUCUGCUGUUGUGGAGGAGGAGGAGAAGGAAGAGGAGGAUGAUGAGGAGGUCACAGAACCUCGCAGAACAUUUGAAGAUAUCUUUGAUUUUGACAAAUAAAGCUGACGUUUGAACAGUGA